GUUAGCGUGAGAGACUCUCGGCUCGUAGACCUCGCGGUCGUGGCUUCGAUUCCCGCCGUCGCCUCUGGUCUUUUUUUCACGAUACCCUUCCCCCCAAAAUCGAAUACGCAUACAAUACAUUGUCUUUGCCUAAUGUAGUGCAGUGAAAUAAGUAGUAUUAAAUAUGUAGUUAAUAGUUAGUUGAAUAAUUAAAAGGGAAACGUCGAGCCGGGGAAACAAUGGAAGUGAUGACUGUGCGUCUGGCCUGCUCGGGGCCAGGAUAGAGAUAGAGAGAGUUCAGGGAAAAACUGACCGAGUGCAAAGCAAGACCAGUGGAAAAAGUGAAACCGAUUGAAGAAUGUGGAGGACCUUGUUCUCUGUGCUGGCCCUAGGCGGCUGCCAGUUUGGACUUGUAUGAGCAGUUAGUCAUAGAAGAGAUUCGUGGAAAACUGAUCUCGGUGAGAGAAUCUGUUUAUGAAAUGGAAAGGGCCGUGGAUCGAUUCAGCACUCUCGUCAAAGUGAUGCAGAAAGAGACGAUGAACUCCAUCAAAACAUACGAUUUACAAACGGAAAGAAACCACACAAGUUUCUUGAAUUCGAUAGAAAACAAAGUAUGUGAAAAUUCCAUACACAAAUGUUCCCCAUUCAUGCCGAAGAUGCCACUUUUGGGUAAGAACGUAUCUCGAAAGAUGAAAUAUCUAUCUAGGAGAAUACUAGAGACGAAAAUUUUGGUGAAAAAAGUACUCAUCGAUUUCGAUUUUGCCGAGGCGGAUUUUCGAGUCAGGUACGCGGAGUGUAAAUCUAAGCAUUACGGUGACCAGUGCGUCAAUGAACUGAACACGUGGUGCAAAUCAAAGGUGGACCAUUUCAGGGCUGCGAAGAACAAUUUCACUGGACAAAUUUUUCGCUUUUUGGACAAUGUUUCAACAAUGUCGGCCAAAGCGGACGAGUUGAAAAAAUCGCUUGAAACAGAAAGGAAAGCUAUGACCGAGAGGUUUUCCCUUUGCUUGGAGGCAGCUUGCAAACAGACGGCCGUCAGGAAGGUGGAUUCUUCGAUGAAAAAGCCAAAUAAAAUCACGAAUCGAAAAGCAUUACUCCUCAGAAGAAGAGAACAUUUAGUAUCUUUAUUGAAGAAUGCUGAAAGGUGGCAAAACUUACAAAAUCUACACACAUUGGUUCAUAGACAAUGAAAAAUCAAAUACAUGUACAUACAAAUACUGUUUAUAAAUUUGUGUAUUUAGUAUUGUCACACUUUUUGAUACUUUUUUAUUUUGAGUUUUAUUCCAUUUGUUUGUUAUCACUGAGCAUUGUUCAUUCAAAGACAACAACAAUUUAUAUACCACAAUCAUUUAAUGAAAACGUUUGUUUUAUUCGGCUCAGACCUGUGAUUGCCCCUUUAUUAAAUUUACUGCUACUCAAUUUGUAAGUGUUCUACGUUAAAUA